AUGCAAGAUAAACUUCGGAUGGCUGUUGGCAUAAUGGGAAAUGCAGCUUCUGCGUUACUUUACGCAUCACCCAUAUUAACAUUUAGUACAGUGAUAAAGAAGAAGAGCACGCAGGAGUUUUCAUCUGUCCCUUACAUUGUUGCUCUACUUAACGCUCUCAUUUACACUUGGUACGGCUUACCUAUUGUUAGCAAGGGAUGGGAAAAUGUCCCACUCAUCACCGUUAACGGCCUUGGUGUCCUACUUGAAUCCUCUUUUGUCCUUAUCUAUCUGUGGUUUUCUUCAUCAAGGGCGACCAAGGUGAAAGUAGCAGCAAUUACCAUGAGCAUUAUAGCAGUAUUUGUGGGCACUGCUCUAAUAUCUGGCUUUGUGCUACAUGAUCAUCAUCGGCGGAAAGUAUUUGUGGGGAGCACAGGACUGGUAGCUUCCAUAGCACUCUAUAGUUCCCCUCUUGUUGCGAUGAGGCAAGUUAUAAAAACUAAAAGUGUAGAAUUCAUGCCAUUUUAUCUGUCGUUAUUCACACUCCUUGCAAGUUGUUGCUGGGCAGGCUACGGACUACUGAGCCAUGAUCUCUUUAUAAUGUCUCCAAAUUUGGUGGGUAUUUUCUUGGGUAUCCUCCAACUGAUGGUUUAUUGGAAAUAUAAAGGAAGAAAUGUGGAACAUACAAACAGAUGGGAUGUAGAAAACAACAAAGACAUGCCCAAACAAGAGCAAAUGAUGGAAAUUGAUAACAAAAGUUGA